AUGCCCGCACAGCCAUGCAGCACCCGCGCCAUGCAGCUUGCCCGCACACGUCAGCAGCUGCAGCUGCAGCUGCAGCAGACCCCGCUCGCUCGCCACCCUGCAGGAGCACGUAUUUGUGCCACCGCCCGCGCGCUCUGCCUCGCCACUCCCGCCCCUCGCUCUGCGCCCGUACCCGCGCGCUCGCCCGCCCUGCUCUCCACAGAGCUCACCGCACCCGCGCCUGCUCUCCGCCGAGCUCGCCACGCCCGCGCCUGCUCUCCGUCGAGCAUGCCGCGCCCUGCCAAGCUCGCCCGCCCGCCCACGCCCUCGCCUGCCUGCGCGCGCCUGACCUUGCCCGCUCGCCCUCGCCUGCCUCAGCCUCGCCAUCCCGCCCUAGUCUGCCCGCCGCAUGCCAAGCCAACGUCACCGAGCUCUGCCCCGCGCCAGCACGCCCUCGCCCACCAGAGCUCGGCCCCGCGCCUGCCAGAUUCGCCAGCGCCAAGCUCGCGCCCGCGCAUUCUCCGGCAUCCGCGCCGAGCUCGCCCGCCGCCUGCUUCAUGCCCGCACCCCGCUCCGGCCGCCGCCCGCACCGCGCUGCGUUCUGCUCUGCCCGACGCCGCGCCGCUCCGGUAG